UUGUCAGCAACAGUUGCUGUAUGCAGAUUUAGUCGCUUUGACAGUUUAGUUUGUGUGUUUGUAUCUUUCUGACGCGUCUUUUUGUUUCUAACGCGAUGUUUUAACUUUAUAAACUUCUCUUUUCCGCCGUCACUUCCGUCUUUCACCGAGUUUUAACGGUCCAGCAGCUCCUCGGUCCCGUAUGAUGCCGGAGCGGGAAGUUUGAAAGCGGCUAGCUGAAGUUAGCACGUCGACUAACAGCUCUCUGACAGCCCACAACACCUUUAGUUAAAAGUUAAUUAAAGUAUUAAUAAGUAUAUGGAUCAGUAUGUCGUCCCGGCUGGCCUCCAGCUCAGACAGACAGCCGGGUUCAUCCGGUGAAACCAGUCCGGAUCAGUCCUCCUGCAGCUCGGACACCGGGGACGUUUUGAUCCGGUCCACUCGGGUUCUUCCUCUGGAUCGGGGACAUGAAGGUAAACCGGGACCGGGAUCCGGAUCUGUCCACAUAACCGUCCAGAAACUGCGGGACCCGCUCGUCCAGCCUCCUCUGUCCGAGCAGCAGCAGCGGAGCUCCGGGUCGGAGAAGCGGCAGCAGCGGCUAAAGCCCCGACAGAAGCCGGAGAAUGCUCCUCCUCUGCGGGUAGUGGGACACGGUCAGACCGACGGACUGAGGAAACCUGGACUGACCAAGGAGAACAGAGAGCCCAGAAGAAGACAGCGUCCAGCAGCAGAGUCCAGUCCAGACAGGAAGCUCUCAGCUGGGACACACAGCGACCAGCAGCCUGGUGACGACCUUCUGACGUCCCGUUUUGCUGCUGGAGGUCGUGGAGUCGUCCUCGCCGCUCUGAAACAACGGUCUCACAGCGCCCCCCACAGGAGGGAGGUCAGAGUGCAGCUGUUGGACCCAGAGCCCCUCAGGACCAGCUCCCAGGACGCUCCUGCUCCCAGCACCAGCUCCAAGGAUGCAGUGGGUGUGGCGGGGGUCCAGGUGGAGGCGGGGCUGUCCUCUGGUUGCCUUAGAGAUGCCACCAACGCGGCGGCAGCUGCUGCAGCUGCAGCUGUAGCUGCUGCUGCUCCUCUCAUCAAGGCUCAGUCAGAUAUGGAGGCUCGAGUGUGUCACCUGGCUGAAGGAGUUCAGAGGCUGCUGCAGGCCGACAGGGAUGGUGGAGACAGGGGGCGGAGCCUGAGCCAGCAGACGCUGCAUUACCUGGAGACGCUGCACAGUCAGCAGCUGCAGCAGCAGAGCCAGCUGCUGGAGUCAGCCCUCAGGAUGAUGACAGGCCACGCCCCUGCGACCCGUGACCUCACAGCUUCGGGUCAGUCACCCCGUCUGCAGGUCACUCAUCUGGACACUGCAGCAGACGUCCUCAGCAACCAGCAGCAAAGCUCCUCGGCAACCAGAACUGCUGCCGCCGCUGUGGAGACUGGCCCAGUUGCUAUGGCAACACCCUACCAUGACCGAUGGCCAGAGCAAACCAGAGAUGACUGGUAUCGCAGAGGAGCUCCCAGUGUUUCCACAGCAACCCAGCCAGCUGCAGGAAGUCACCCGCAGUCCUCGACCAGUCACAGUCAGGCAGCGGCGAGGAGAGCCAAUGAGACGCUGAGGGAGAUGGGACGUUUGAAGGCUGAGAUGAAGAUGCUGCUUACGCCAGAAGACUCUCUGAUAACCAUUAGACCUGGACCAGACCACCACCAGGCCCAACAAAAUCUGCUUCAGUCCCAAGAAUCACACUCCAAUCCAAACCAUUUACGAUCCCAGUCCCAACAAUCCAAGUCCCAGUCCCAACAAUCCAAGUCCCAGUCCAAACAGUCCAAGUCCCAGUCCCAACGAUCCAAGUCCCAGUCCCAACGAUCCCACUCCCAGUCAGAACAAUCUCAUUCCUUGUCCCAACAAUCCAAAUCCCAAGAAAACCUGCUCCAGUCCCAACAAUCCAAAUCCCAUCAAAACCACUUACAAUCCUCACAAUCCCAGUCCCAACAAUCCAAAUCCCAAGAAAACCUGCUUCAGUCCCAACAAUCCAAAUCCCAUCAAAACCACUUACAAUCCUCACAAUCCCAGUCCCAAAGAUCUCAUUCCCAGUUGCAACAGUCCCAGUCUCAAGAAUCUCAUUCCCAAUACCAACAAUCCAGAUCCCUACAAAACCUGCUUCAGUCCCAACAAAACCACUUAGAAUCCUCAGCCCAUCAAUCUCAUUCCCAGUCCCAACAAUCCCAGUCUCAAGAAUCUCAUUCCCAGUACCAACAAUCCAGAUCCCAACAAUCUCAUGCCCCAUGCCAGCAAACCGAGCUCCAACAAAACCAGUCUCAAUUCCAACAAGUCCAGUCCCAACAAAGUCCGACCCAUCAAACCCAGCCCCAGUUGUCCCAGCAGUCCCAGUCUGUGGUGGUCCAGAGGAGGCCUGUGGUCCCGUCCAUGUUGGAGGAGGCGGGUCUGGUUCUCCGUCAGGUUCAGCGACAGAAGAAGGUUUUGGAGGAGAACCUGGAGGCUCUGCUGAGAGCCAAAACUGGGGAGGUCCUGAACUGCCAACUGGAGGCAAUGGCUGCUAACAGAGACUGGACGGAGGAAGUUCGGAUUAAGAAGACAGUGGACGCCUGGAUCAGCACUUUAACCAAAGACAUCCAGGCUGAGAUGUCCUCAGAGGAUGCUGCACUGACAUCACAGCAGGGGGCUGCAGGGAGCUCCGCCCACACAGGUAGGGGGAGGCCAGUGAGCGCGCCCAAAGGAACAGGAAGUAAGAAUGUGGCGGGGAGAGGAAGCAGAGGACAGACAUCUGGACACAGAGCGCUGCAGGGGGCGGAGCCUGACAGAGCCACAGAUAGGCUGGCGGAGAGUGACAGAGAAUCGUACCUGACUCGUCUGUACGGCAGAGCUCCGUAUGAAGGUCUGAGACGAACCCUGAAGAAGAGUCCCUACCUGCGUUUCAGCUCACCUGCCUCACCGCUCGGCAGGAAGCCACGCCCCCGGCUGGUGGAGAGCGUCACAGGUGUGAAAGUGAAGUCCUGUAAAACUCAGACGUGUUUGGCUCCUCCCAUCACUCCCACUGACCUUUCAGUGACUCCUGCUGACACUUUCUCCGUUCCCAUGGCGAUCCCUCUGGGUCGUCCCAGGAUCGACUCCUCUUCCAGGUGUCUCACUGAGCGUCAACAGGAAGUGACAUCACCACCUGCAGCUCUUCCAGAGUCUAGCAUGGUUGCUGUGGACGAAGGAGCACCUGAGCUCCAGUCUCAGGAGGAGCAGCAGGAUGCAAGUGAAGUUCCUCCUUCUCCUCCUCCUCCUCCUCCUCCUCCUCCUGCUGACAUCAUCGAGAAGAAGAGUGAAGAAGAGGAGAAUGAAGAGGACGUUUUCCCUGGAACUGACUUUCUGUCUGUUGCUGACAUUGCCCAGCAGGAGGAGGUGAGUGUUGUGGGUGAGGAGGCGCUGGAGUUGGAUGGAGGUCCGUCUCCCCCUCCGGUCCUGUAUCAGGGUCCAGUCUUCCCUCCACAGGCGCCCUCUGCCCUCCCUGCCCAGGAUCAAGGCUCCAUCCCGGGCCUCAACCCGCAGACAGACGCCCUGGAGAACCGUCUGGUGGAAUGGGUGGAGCAGCAGCUCAUGUCCAGGAUGAUCUCAGAGAUGUACCGCCCCCCUCUCUCUGACCCCGCCCAGAACGACUCCACAGACCAAUCAGAGUCCAGGGAGCAGAGCGUCACCUCAGAUAUCGUGGAGGCAGCAGGAGGUGGAGGUCUGCAGCUGUUUGUGGACUCCAACAUGUCGGUGGACUCGGCUCUGAUCCGUCAGCUGGUCAAUGAGGUUCUGGCAGAACACGUGGCCCUGAUGCUGGGACAGAGAGACUCCAUGGAACCAGGACCAGAGCUGGAACCAGAACCAGGGCCAGGAUCACAUCAGGAGGACAAACCAGUACCACUGGUCCCUACACCAGUACCGACGCCUCCACCCAGCCCCACACCUUCCAGCAGGGAGACACCAAUCCUGACCACACCCCCUCCAUCUGAACCAACCAGCCUGCUGAAUGAGGAGUCUCCUCGGCCAAUCACAGCUCCAGAGCCUGUAGCCACGCCGACCUCCAGCCCUGAGCCCGCCCCCUCAGCAGGAAGUCCUCCUGCUGCCCAUCAAGCCCCGCCUUCUCUGACCUGGGGCAACGCUGAGCUGCCACUGGACGAGGAGAGACCUGAGGAGCACCUGGAUACACGCCCGCAGCCUCUGGUGAUGUCAGUAGCACAGGAGGAGCCUCCUCUCUCCUCCCCUUCUCUUCCCUCCAUCCCUCCUGCUCUCUCCCCGUCUCCUCCUCCUCCUCCUCCUCCUCCUCCUGGUCCUGACCCCAGACCAGCGUCCCCCUCCAGCUCCUCAGAGGACUCCAGCACCAGUAGCACCAGUAGCACCAGUACAGUGACAGCAGGGACUGAAGCAGCGCUGAAGCACAUCUCAGAGGGAGAGCUGCUCAUCAGUGUCAACCAGCUGGCUGCCAUGACAGAGGAGGAGGCUGUCUGCAGUUUCUCCAGCUCUCUUCAGGAGCUGCAGGACAUGGACUUUGACCCCCCCAGUGAGGGACAGGUCAGAGGUCAUGAGCUCCUGCUGAACAAGAUGGAGCAGAGAGUCACACACCCACCCAGAGGAGAGAGGCCACAACCAGAGGGCGCCUGGGGGAGGGAUCAGGAGGAGGAGGUGAGCGUGGGUGAGGUGAGAGACGACUGGACCACAAAACCUCACAGAACUACAAAUCCCAAGAGCUACAGCAAGAGUACAGCAGGCCAACGGGAUCAAACCUCACCUGGACAGAUCAGUCAGUGUGCAGAUGUGUCAGAGGGCAGUUUAGGAGCAACCAAUCAGGACCUGACGAUGGAGCCAGUCGGUACGCUGACCUCUGACCUCCAGACUGACCUGACACUGUCUCCUCCUCCACACCUGGAGGACACACACACAGCGGGACAGGUUGUUGCUGUCAGACCAAUCCACAGACAAACAGCCGAGCAGCAGCAGGGAGGAGGCGGGAGGGUGGACGUUCACCUGCUCUCCAUCACACCACAGGAGGAAGAAGAGGAAGAGGAGGAGGAGGAGGUAAUGGAGGAGGUCAGUGCAGCUGCAGACACAGAGUCCUCCUCUGAUGAUGUUUUCUAGGAAGAAAAGACAAACAUCAUCAUCAUCAUCUUUAUUCUAACAGGCUGAUGAUUUGAUGAUGUCACACUUUGCUUUAAUAACACUGUUCAGUGUUGUCAGACUGUAAAUACAUGUUUUUAAUAAACUUUUACUUU